AUGAGGAGGGGAGGAAAGGCAGAGGAUGAUGAGGAAGACCAUGCCACUCGUUCAACUCUCCUGCUCUCCCAUGGCACAGCACCCUCAGACGAGGAUGUAGCCAACCCCUUAAGGGAUGAUGCUAGGGAGCCCUGUCAAAGUGGUAAAGCCGUGGACCACUUCACGGAGCUGCGAGACACCCGUUUAUCUAGCGUAUGCCGAGAGAAGGACGUGCAGAACUCACAGAAUGACAGAAUCAGAGAUAGGCACAGUGGGAGGAAACUGUAUGUCUACAGAUUCUACACUGAGCUCAUCUUUCUGAAAGUGUCUCCAGACAGAAUGCAGGCUUGUGAAGUCGCUGCACUGAUAUUGCUGACUGUAGUGAGCUGCUCCAGACAGUAUGAAGAGCUGCCCCAGACUACACUCACCCUGGAGCCUCCAUUCCCAGAGAUAUUCACCGGGGAGACAGUCACGCUGAGGUGUGGGGUUGAGGGGGGUUCUGCUGGCUGGAAAUAUCUCUGGUACAAAGACAGUGAGGACACUCCAGUGCUCCAGACUGCUGGCCGCAGUAUAACUGGUGACAGCUACACAAUCACUGCAGCUGCUGUAUCUGACCAGGGCCAGUACUGCUGUCGAGGACAAAGAGUAGAUCAGCCACUCUACUCACAGCUCAGUGAUAAAGUGACAUUACCUGUGUCUGAGGGUCAUCCUCAGGCUGUCCUGACCCUGCAGCCUGCCUGGGCACAGAUAUUCAUAGGAGAGACAGUCACCCUGAGCUGUGAGGUGGAGGGGGGCUCUGCUGGAUGGAGGUUUAAACAGUACAGAGAUGGACGUGAAGAGGCAGGGUGCAGUGAUAAAUACAGCAAGAGAUAUGGUGAUCGGUGCAAAAUCAGUUCCGCUCAAGAGUCCCACAGUGGAGUGUACUGGUGUGAAUCUGCAUCAGGACAGGAGCGCAGUAAUGCUGUCACCUUAACUGUGUCCAAUCAAUGGGUGAUCCUGCAGACUCCCCGUCAGCCUGUGACUGAGGGAGACAGUCUGACUCUGAGG